AUGGAAGACCACCGAGUAUCAUCAUCGACAUCCUCAGAUCGCACCAGGACCAGAAGAAAACCAAAAAGUGUCCUGGUGCUGACUCUGGUAGGAUCCUGCAUAUUUCUCCUGAUCCUUUGUGGAUGCCUCAUAGCAUCCUUAGUCCUUGUAGGAGAUGUCUUAGCAGAAAAACUUGAGAGGAUAGCCAUCAUGAGAGCCAUUAAUAGGCAGACUUUGAAUAAUUUUACUAAGGAUAAUGUUAACCAGACGAAGAUAUCUAGGAAAUAUAACCAGACUUUUAUUAAUCUGGUUCCAAAAGUUGAUGAUGGGGUAAUAGAUGAUUUUGUUGUCCAGGAUGAGCUGACUUUUAGAUUGCCUACUGGUGUGGUGCCUGUGCAUUAUGAUUUAUUGCUGAGGCCGCAUUUGAUGAAUAGACCUGAUGGUGGUGAUGAGGAUUUUGAGGGUUUCUUGGUUUUGACGAUAAAUGUGACAGAUCCAACAAAACGUUUAAUCUUACACUCCAAAAAUCUCAACAUAACAUCCCACAAAAUCGAUAAAAGACAAUCGAACUUUUCCAAAAGACAAUCGAACGUCGAUCUUACCCCCACAAGUGCCCAAAGUGAUUCCUUCAACACUAGUGAUGUGAAAGUGCCAGAAAUUGUGAAAGUGUUCGAAAAUCGGUCGCUGGAUUAUUGGAUUGUGGAAUUCGGUGAUUUUUUGGAUUUAGGAGUUUACGAUUUGACUUUGAAUUAUACUGGAAAAUUUGGAGGCGAUGGAAAGAAGAUUGUUGGAUUUUAUAAGAGCAACUAUUGGGAUGAGGAAAGGAACCAGACGAG